AUGUUGCUGUGCAGCUGUGGAAUCGAGACGCACCGGAAGGAGGCCUCGCCAAGCCGCGCCGGAAGGAGAAGGAGAUGGAGGCCGCUCCGGCAGGAGAAGGAGAAAGAGGCGAUCAGAUUGGAGCUCGUCUCACGUCUGGGCGGCGAGGUGUUUCUCUUGCUCGGCUGCGGAAGAAAGGAUGGGUCGUCGCGAUUUGUUGCUCGGCUGCGGAAGUGA